AUGUUUACCUUUGGCCGCCGUGGGAAGAAGACCAAGGCGGCUGAUGUCCCCAAGAACAAGAACUUGGUCCAAGCCUCUGCCGCUAAAUACAGUGCUAGUAGUAAGGGAGGCAAACCAAAUAAUACACGAAGGCAGAGCGCUGUUGUCAGCACCCCGCUUAAGGAUGCUCAUCAACCCCAGAUGAUCUCUGCUACCCCCUCCAGCAGCACAAGUCCCUCCGUCGAGCAGAACAAGGCCGGUGGGUAUCCCAAGUCACAUCAGGAACAAAUGGACAACAGCCUGCUCGGUUUCUAUGUCAGUACGUCAGAUACCUCCUCGACGUCCGAAGAGAAGCAGAGCGUUAUUGUUGUGGCGGAGCUGAACAAGAGAGAAUCCCCCGCUGGGUGUCCCAUUAAUCAUCGAAGGCUUGGUUCAGGAAUCAUGAACAGUGGCGACGAAGGAGGGGUGCUUUGUCUCCGAAGUUCCUCUGGAUCUCUGCAGUCUCUGCGUAGUUCUGCAGGCGCCAAUAAUGGUGCUGGUUGCCCGGUCACCGGUUCUUCCACGGCGCCACCACAACGAGGCAUACGCAGACGUUCCAGCAUGAGCAUUCAUAGCAUGGACUUAAGCUUUGAAACAGCCUUGCAACAACAGCAUGCGGUGGGUGCUUCUCCUGGUGGUGCCGAGCGCAAGAACAGCAAAGGGGGGUGUCCCUUCUUUGUGGGGGCAGCCGACAAAAAUGCCGCCCUCAUGCUCAAGCAGAGCGUUAAUCGGGGCAGUGGAAUUAUCAAGUUAAGGAAUAUGCUUCUCUCGGAAGACUACGACGACUUUGACACGGAUGCUCUGUUUUGCCAUGAAUCCCAACCUGUCUUGCAGGUGGAUUACAGCUACACGACCACCAACCCCGAGUUUCCAAACAAAUUGAAGGAGGAGGACCUCUUUGGACAUGCCAGUACGGAAGGCUACAUGAGUCGAGAACAUGGCUUUUUGGUCCCGGACUAUGAAAAAGCACUCAAUACUCUUUUGGCUUCCAGAGGUCGAAUCUGGUACACCAUGGGCACUAGAAUGGAAGGACUCAAAGGCAACAACGGUCUCCUAAAGGCACUGGAAGAAAUGGAGAUUGUCGAAGGUGACCCCAUCGCAUGUCCGGAUGAAUGCCUGCAGAUUGCCUGUGCCAUUCUGGCACACUUGGCCAAUGGAUAUCGCGCGGCUUGUUGGCGAAACAAUGUGGUGUACACACCGUGUCCUUCGGUACAGAUUCCUUGGGCAAUGAUCAGCGAACGACUGGGCAGAAAAGAUGUCUACGUCGCACCGGAAGAUCUCAUGUACCAGCAACGACCCAUUCGGGGCAACAUUUAUGAAUUUGAAAACAUGAAAAUGAUUACACCAAUCUUCGGGACCAGUGCCGAAGAGCUCAUGUCCAAACUAUUCUGCGACUCCAAUCGACACUUGCGCAACAUGAUGGAGAGCAUUCUAGCACUCUGCCGUGGUGACUGGCAGGCCAAACACAUUAGUGCCAUGAUUGCCGAAAUCAAAGACCUCACUCGAAUGCUGGGGAAGGCCAUCCCGGAUGGGUCAGCAGGGGAUCGAUCCAUUGACCCUGUAGAAUUUGCAACUGCCUUUGCCAAUGCUACGGCACCCCUGAAAGAAGGUGUCCCGGCUCUGUCGGGAGGUGGAUGCCCCAUUUUUGUCAUUAUGGACCACAUUAUCGGAAGGCAAAAGUGGGACAGUACCAUGGGAGCCGAUCUUCUUAUGCAAAUCGACUGGAUGCCCAAAAAUUGGAGGAGGUUCAUUGAGUUCCUGCGACAACAGCAGCUUUUUACCAAGGUGCCUGAUGACUUGCAGUAUCUAUGGGCUUUGCUGAAGGAUGUGUACUGUGGUGAGCGCGGUUGGUUAGGCAAACACAAGUACCGGGCCUACCAGUUUGUGGAACUGGCUUCGGCGCUGGGGCGACAAUCCAACAAAGGAAGCGACAACGGCGGUGGCACUGUUCGAAUGUUGGAAGAGUCCAGGCGAGAGCGCGAUCCAACAAGCUCUGACGAUCGUUCCAGCUACAAAACCUGCCCUUUCAAAGGAACAAUCACGUCUGUGCAACGAGUCAGCGAAGACCGUAUCACUCGGCUAGUGACAAUCUCCUGUGCGAGAGCCCUGACUUUGCAGGUUGGCGACCACAUUGGUAUAGUGAUGCGAAACAGUGACGACACCAUCUGGGCCUUUGCCUCCAGCCACAAUCUGGACUUGCAACAAAAGCUUUACAUGGUUAACCGUACGCUGAACCGAGAAUGGCAAGAGCGUCUUGACUUUGACGGUCUCGAUCACACAGUUUACAAUCUCCUCAUGUGCGCCAAACUCAGCAAAUAUAAUGCUGGCCCACUCCCAGUGGAAGACUUGUGUGAGAACUUGCACCCCGAGGAACCUCGAUUGUACUCAUUUGCAACGGUACACCCAACGACGCACGAACAGGAUGGCUGCGUGGCGUCUUUCGACAUACUUGUGACCAGGACAAACGCAGGAGGGUGCUCCGCUUUCUUGCAUGAGUCAGUGGGUACUGAGAUAUCCUUUGGCCUCAGCACAGCUAUCAAGUGCCACAUUCCAACGGACUCGUCCCGUCCUCUUGUUGUGAUUGCUGCAGGGUCUGGUCUUGGAACGUACCUCCCAAUGCUUGCCAACAACAAAAUCCUGAAUCCAAAGUAUGCGUUCAUGGCGUACAGAACAGAAAACACGGUUCCCUACUUGGAUUCUCACCUCAAGGAUGCUGUGAACUAUGGAAAGCUGCAACUUUACAUUGAGCUUAGUCGGGAGGAGAAAACCGUCGUAACUGAACAUCGAAAGAUCAAGAGACGGCCCACUGCAAAGAGAUAUAUCGACAAACUCCUUCUAGACGAACAAGAGCUGAUUCGUGAGCUGGCCGCACCCAUCGACGAGGGAGGCAUGGAGGCAAGCUUCUUCGUCUGUGGUAACAACGAGUUUUUCAAGACAGUGAGGCUUGCGCUCGAUUCGAUUGACGACGGUCUAGUGGAGACUUUGGUUCGAACAAACAGGCUGCAGUUGGAGGUUCAGGCACGGGGUGGCAUCGACGGCAAAGCCGACACUAGGCCAAUCAGACUGACCGAGACCUGCUUCCACAACAAGAUGAGUGAUUACUGGACUAUCAUCGAAGGAAAAGUGUAUGACUUCACAGAUUAUCUUCAGUGGCAUCCGGGUGGCAGAAAAAUCCUUCACUACGUUGCUGGAACAGACUGUACAGACUUUUGGAAACGAGUCAGUCACGACAAGGACCGCAUGGUGUAUUCACAAAUCUCGGCUUACGAAGUUGGGCCUUUUGAAGCCACUGAUGAAGACGGGCUUAUGCAAUAUUUGGAGUUAUGCACUCGUGCAGAGAAUUGUGUUAAUCUUUACAAAGAAAAGCAAGAUUUAUUCAAGAAUCUUUGUGACAGCUAUGGCAAAGUGCAGAAUGUCUGGGAAGGCAUUGUUGGUCGCGAGUUCAUGGAGUUGCUACUUACUCUCGUGGAAGAUUCCGAAACCAGACGCCGCAUGUUCAAUCGCAUCUACUUUGCCAAGCACGGCGCGGCUCGAGAAAUUGCAAACAAGAUGUAUUCAGUUGCUCCUAUCAUCAAAGGUCACAAACACGGCAAACCUUUCAAAGUCCCCGGGGUAACAGCGGCACUUCGCCCCGUGAAGAAUGAAGAGAGAUCCAUGUUGGAAUCCCGAAUGAUUGGCACGAGCAAUCACUUUUUCACUCGAUGCAAAAUGGCUGUUGUCGAUGCGUCCAAGGCAAUCCGAGAGACUUCUGUGUUCAAGUCGAAACAACCGCUCUACUCACGAAUGUUUUACAGAUUGAUCAUGGCGUUCGAAGAGCUCUAUUCGUCGCUUGCGAAGCCCAUGCCAGUUCCCAGUAUCCGAUGCUGGGACUUGGUUCGUGCGGAGGUUGUGGAUCGCCAGACGUUCAACUUACGCUUCAACGAUACCCACAAUGUCAUCCCAGAUUUCUACGAAGAACUUGUUGUUGAGGGCAUGCCACCUGAAGACAAUCGAGACACAUUCUUCGAGGAAAUCUUCAACGUUCUCGAGCUCGAGACUGCCAACGAAUUUCGAGUUGAGACGGGACUCUCGGCCAACAUCAUCGGAGACUGGUUCUCCAAGAAAGAGAUCCGAAAGCUAUUCGAAAGACUGGACUGGGACAAAGACGGCUUUGUGUCGAGGGUCGAGGUGAUGUGUGCCCAGGCCGAGAAUGAAAUUGAAAUGGAGAUCAUUGGAAAUCUGAAGGAGGACAUGGACCAUGAUGAAAGGCUUGAGACUUUCAAUUUCAAGGAUUUCCUUAUGGCAACGCCCGAACUUGCCGAGAUGAAGAACAUCCAAAGGGUUUCCUCGUUGCUCUUCAAAGGAUUGAAGAGAACAUCAAGUAGAGGCUCAGCCAGAACCAGUGCAUCGUAA